GCCAUUUUUGUUGUUUACAAUUUUUAUGCUUUUGAUUUGUGCUCUGUUUAUACAGAUUAAUAUUCGUUUUAAACGUUGUUAGUUUAUUGGAUUUUAUUGACAUAAGUUGAGUUUGCUCCUGUGUGUUCCUGUUUGGUUUUAUUGACGUUACCAGUGUGAAAUUCACACUGUGAAUCAGUUGAGUGCGCUCCUGUUUGUGUUGAUUUUGUCAUUGGCUGUUGACUGUACUAGUAUACUUGUUUAUAAACACUAAUUAGUGCCUAUUUUGAAAUAAAUAUUGUUUAACCAUGGCGUACUGCAUGGUAAAAAGUUGUAAGAACAACAGCAAAAACAACGAAGAGUUAAAAUUUUACACAUUGCCCAAAAACUCUUUAAAAGCCAAAGAAUGGAUUGAGGCUACUGAUAAUUCAAUGGUUAAUAUGGAAAAACCAAAGUCUCAUCGAAUUUGUGCUACACAUUUUGAGCCAAAAUAUUUGGUAAGGCAUCCACACAAAGUUUUGUAUGGUUUGUCACCACCUAAAGCCUACCGAGGCCUUACUGAGAAAGCUGUUCCAACUUUGCAUUUGCCUGAAAGAUCCGAAACAUUAGAAAUGGUUGUAGAUCUACGAAAUGAAGCAACUUUUGCCAAAAGUACGAAAUCUACCUCUUCCUGCUCCAUCAACAAUGCGAAAGUGGAUUUCAGAUAUUAUUUUUGAAGAAGGAAUUUUAUCUCCAGUACUCCAAGCAAUGAGUAUA